AUGGAUGCGCAGUCAGAUACAAACUUUCUGCUGACCAGAUUCUCCAUUCUUUUGCUUAUUUACUCACUUUCAGCUCAAAUAGUUCCGAAUUCAAAACUACCAAUUGUGGUAUUCUUAGUUGGUAUGGCCUCAUCGAUUUACAAAACCAAUGCAUUUUCAUGGUUAAUUAAGAAAUUCAUUCAACAAGAUUUAACUUCAGAUAGACAAGAUCUUAUAAAUGCAGUUGCAAGUUUCAAAAGUUAUAGAUCAAGAGCAUUAGCUUGGAAUAAUAGGAAACUCAAAAAUUUGAAAAGAAUUAGUUAUGAAGAUUUUAAACAAGCUAAAGAAAUUGGUUACUUUGAGCAUAUACAUAACACAGAUAAAGCCAUUGAAACCAACGCUAAAUUGGCAAAGAAGAUUGCGGAAGAAGCUAUCACCAGAUAUGGAAUCACUGAACUAGAGCAAAGAAGUGCACUAUAUAAAGAUAAUUCAAGAGUAAUUGAAGCAUUAUGCCAUUUCACAAGAGAUUGGACAGAGUUAGGUGAUCCAGAACUGAAACCAUUAUUUGAUUACAUCAACACAAAUAUUAAUAAUAGUAUACCAACUGCCGAGGAAAGAGCUAAAACAGUUGUGGUUGUUCCUGGAUCUGGGUUAGGUAGAGUGGCCCAUGAAUUAGCAUCAAUGACUCCCCAAUUUGCAAGCGUUCAUUCGGUUGAAUUUUCACAAUUGAUGUACUUGUGUAAUGAAUUUGUUUAUUCUUCAAAACCUGAAAGUUUCAAAAUUCAUCCAUUCAUACAUACAUAUUCUCAUCAUGUUUCUGAACAAAAUCAAUUGAGAAGUACUUCUUUCAAAAGAAUUACUGAAAAACCUGGUAACCUUGUUAAUAACUAUGGUGAUUUUAGAAAGUUUCAAGUCCCUGAUAUUGACCAAUAUGAUAAUGUUGUUAUUGUCACUGCAUUUUUCAUUGACACUGCAGAAAACUUAUUUCAAUAUUUUGAUGGUAUAGAGAAACUCAUAGGACAUAAAAAGGGAUUAUGGAUCAACAUUGGACCUCUGAAAUAUGGAACUGCACCAAAAGUGGAAUUCUCACUAGAGGAACUCAGAAAACUUCGCAAAUUAAGAGGUUGGAAAGAUGUUGAUGAACCAAAACCUUAUGGAGCUGAAAUUUCCGGUUAUCUGACAGAUACAAAAGGUUUAUGGCAAGGUUAUUAUGGAUUAGGAAGAUGGACAUCUUCAUUUACAGCAUCAAAAUGA